ACUCUGGGGUCCCUUGUAAGUCCUGGAGAAACAGAUGCAGUCCUAAUUCAACCCACAGAGACCCCCAGCAAGCAGGUGCGAAAAGCGAGCUGGCGCCUGGGGCGGCCCCAUGGCCAGCCUCCGCAGCCCGAGGCUCCUACUCCACUUCAAGAUCCAGUUGCUGCCUCCUCCAGUCCCAGGGCUCAGCCUGGGAAAAGCACCCGCGAAAGUCUUCCCAACCCGCAGGACUCUGGGCCUUGGGGUCCUUGAUCAAAAGUGGUGGGCGCACAGCUCGGCGCGCCCAGCAGACUCCGUCAAAUCCUCCAGCUCAGAACACCUGGGGGUAGCUUCCUGGCCUCUGGUUUACCUGGCUGUCUCCCCCCGCCCCCCACACCUCUUCCACUUCGAGGGGAUUCAGGCCCGGAACGGAACGUCCGUCCCAAGAACAGAGCAUCAGACGCCGUCUACUCGCCGGCGCCCCUCCUCCGUGCAGCUGCCGGCUCAGCCUCCCGGCUCCUGGCGCCGACCUCCGUCCGCUCUCCCUGCCUCGGCGUUAGCACCCCCUGGUGGACAGUGCGGGGUACGGACGGCUCUGCUAGACUGGCGGCGGCCCCCGCAGCCUUCGCGGGACCCAGACAGCAGACCGCCCUCUUCACACUACAUCGGCCUGUCCCUCCCAACCUCCCUACUCCACCCCAAGACCCACCCACCUCCCUUCACCCAGCCUGCAGGAUUGGCCCUCCCAUCCUUGACCCAGUCCUGUGAAGACGUAUCCUGGGGUCCAUCUGGUGCAAGAUUCCAGCCAAGUCUGGGUCUCAGCUCUCUCUGAUCUCUGCAUUGUCCUUUGUAGCAUCUGUCACAUUAUUGAAGCAC